CACAACAAAGGGCUCCGAGCCGGUGGGGCUGGGCUUCGGCCCCUGAGGGAGAGAGCUGGUGCGGGGCUGCGCUGCCCGAGAUGUCCGAGUUAGCAAGCGAUGAGUGCCUCUGGGUGGCAGAGGUGGUUGGUGUCGUUUGGUGGUAAAGUAGUGGGAACCGGUGGCUGUUUGGGUGCGAAAUAGCCAACAGCCCCGCAGGAUGCGUCUUCAGAAGACCGAUAUUGUGGAUGGAAGUGACCUGAAGCAGUUUUUUGAGAACAAUUAUUCUCAAAUUUUUUUUAUCUUCUAUGAAAACUUCAUAACACUGGAAAAUAGCCUGAAACAAAAAGGGAAUAAAUCACAGAGGGAGGAGCUGGACUCCAUCCUCUUUCUUUUUGAAUUUUCUUUCCUGCAGAAAAUAUUGCAACUACUGCCUGAGAGGAUUUUUUAUCGGUGGCAUUUUCGCAGUAUAGGGUCGAUUUUGAAGAAACUUUUGCACACUGGAAACUCUCUCAAGAUAAGAUGUGAAGGAAUCCGACUGUUUCUUCUCUGGCUUCAAGCACUUCAGACUAACUGUACAGAAGAGCAGAUAUUAAUAUUUGCAUGCCUUGUGCCUGGGUUUCCACCCGUUAUGUCCUCACGAGGUCCCUGUACACUAGAUAAUGUCAUUAGUCCUCCUAAUUCACCAGAUGCUAAGAUUUUUCCAGAAGAAAUUACCCCGCUUUUGCCAGCUGUCUCUGGAGAGAAAAUUGCUGAAGACCAAACCUGCUAUUUUCUUCAGUUACUAUUAAAAUAUAUGGUAAUUCAGGCUGCAAGCUUGGAGUGGAAGAAUAAGGAGAACCAAGACACUGGUUUUAAGUUUCUCUUUACCUUGUUCAGAAAAUACUACCUUCCACACUUGUUUCCAUCUUUUACCAAACUAACUAACCUCUACAAACCUGUUCUAGAUAUUCCUGAUACAAGACCAAGACCUGUAUACAUUACUGCAACACGAAACAAUGAGAAUGUCUAUAGCACAAAAAUUCCAUACAUGGCAGCUCGAGUUGUAUUUAUUAAGUGGCUUGUUACUUUCUUUCUUGAAAAGAAAUAUUUAUCUGCUGUUCAGCAUACAAAAAAUGGAGGAGAAAUGCUCCCUAAAAUUAUCCAGACUGUUGGUGUUGUAAACCAAGAUAAAAACCCUGAACUGGAAACCAGCGUGUCUUAUGCAAGCGAGCAGGAGAGAAGCCAUUCCAAUAGCAGCACGCUGUCUGACCGGCGGCUCAGUAAUUCAAGCCUCUGCAGCAUCGAGGAGCAGCAUCGGACCGUCUAUGAGAUGGUGCAGCGGAUCCUCCUGUCCACCCGAGGAUAUGUUAACUUUGUUAAUGAGGUGUUUCGGCAGGCAUUUUUGUUGCCUUCCUCUGAUAUAUCUGCAACACGGAAAGUGGUUAAGGUGUAUCGGAAGUGGAUACUGCAGGAGAAACCUGUGUUCAUGGAGGAGCCAGACAAAAAGGAGAACAGUGAGGAUGCUGUUACCAGCUUAGAGGAUUCAUCAGCACAAACGGAUGGUAAACAUCUUUCCUCUGACCAUUCAGGACAUAAGCGCUCAUCCAGCUGGGGAAGAACGUACUCCUUUACCAGUGCUGUUAACAGAGGAUGUGUAUUGGAAGAUGAGGACAAAAAUGUCAAAGCUGGUGCUCAAGCUGCAUUACAGGUGUUCUUGACAAACUCUGCAAAUGUGUUUUUACUGGAACCAUGCAUUGAAGUCCCCGUGCUUCUGAAGGAGCAAGUUGAUGCUUGCAAGGCAGUUCUCAGUAUUUUCAGGCGCAUGAUAAUGGAACUGUCAAUGAAUAAAAAGACGUGGGAGCAGAUGUUACAGAUACUCCUCAGAAUAACAGAAGCAGUGAUGCAGAAGCCAAAAGAGAACCAAAUAAAGGAUACAUUUGCUCAGAGCAUGUCAGGAUUACUUUUCCGAACCCUCAUUGUGGCUUGGAUCAGAGCAAACCUGAGCGUCUACAUUUCUCGGGAGCUGUGGGAUGAGCUGCUUAGCGUUCUGUCUUCCCUGACUGACUGGGAGGAGCUCAUAAAUGAGUGGGCCAACAUCAUGGACUCUCUGACGGCAGUGCUAGCAAGAACUGUGUAUGGGGUGGAAAUGACUAACUUACCCUUGGAUAAGCUCAGUGAACAGAAAGAAAAAAAGCAGAGAGGAAAGGGUGGUGUUUUAGAGCCUCAAAAGACAGCUGUAGUGGGAAGAUCUUUUUCAUUAAGCUGGAAGAGUCAUCCCGAAGUUGUGGAGCCCAUGAGAUUUAGAAGUGCCACCACCUCUGGAGCUCCUGGAGUUGAGAAAGCAAGAAAUAUGGUUCGUCAGAGAGCAACAGAGGUUGAAGAAUCUCAGCAGUCGGAAGCUUUGGCAGGAGCAGAAGCUACAGGCCUCUUUGUAGACCAAGAGCAGCAGCUCACUCGAAGUAGCAGCACUUCAGAUAUUGCAGAUCAAUUUCCAUCUGAUUUUUUUCAAGGCAAAAAGGCUGGGAGUUCUCAUAAUUUGACCACUUUAGACUCCAGAUCAAUCCAGGAAAAUAAGGAGUGUGUGAAGAAGGAACAUGAAGCUGAGCACGUAGCAGUACGAAGGAGCAGUAGUACAGCUGAAUUGGAUUUGAAAGCUGACUUACAGCAAACACAUGGAAACCAUAGGGAGAGAGAAAAAAGUGAAAGUGUGAGCAGUGACACAUCCAUUGGGUAUAAUAAUGAGGUAGAGAUUGCUCUCAUCCCCUGGCAAGCCUCUGAAGAAGAUCAGGAAGUUAAUGCAUCGACAGAUGUCUGUGUGGAUCCUGAUGCACCUCGCUGGCUUCAGCUUAGCCCUUCAGAUAAUGCAAAUUUAACAGACAGCAGUGAGUUCCUUGCUGAUGACUGCAGUAUAAUUGCUGGUGGAAGCCUCAUCGGUUGGCAUCCUGAUUCUGCUGCUGUGCUAUGGAGGAGGAUCUUGGGAAUUCUUGGAGAUGUGAACAAUAUACAGUCGCCUAAAAUUCAUGCAAAAGUUUUUGGGUAUCUCUAUGAGCUGUGGUAUAAACUUGCAAAGAUAAGGGAUAACCUUGCCAUAAGCGUGGACAAUCAGUCUACUCCCUCUCCUCCUGUCUUAAUUCCUCCUCUCAGAAUAUUUGCAUCAUGGUUGUUCAAGGCAACCACCCUGCCAAAUGAAUAUAAGGAAGGCAAACUUCAGGCAUACAGGCUGAUCUGUGCUAUGAUGACGAGGCGUCAAGAUGUUCUGCCGAAUUCAGAUUUCCUGCUUCAUUUUUAUUUUGUGAUGCACCUUGGUUUAACAAGUGAAGACCAGGAUAUCUUGAAUACUGUCAUAAAGCAUUGCCCACCUUGGUUUUUCUUCCUGGGCUUGCCUGGCUUUACGAUGCUGAUAGGAGACUUCAUCACAGCAGCAGCCAGAGUGCUGAGCACAGACCUGCUGGAGGCUCCCCGUUCAGAAGCCCAUACCAUCCUUGGGUCUCUUGUUUGCUUUCCAAAUAUCUAUCAAGAAAUCCCACUAUUGCAGCCCAUUUCAGAAGCUGGUGAGAUCAUUGCGGGGAGUGCCGAUGUGAAGUGCUACCUCAUUAAUAUUUUACUGAAGAAUGCUACAGAGGAGCCAAGUGAAGCUGCAAGAUGCAUAGCCAUUUGUGGCCUUGGAGUUUGGAUAUGUGAAGAACUAACACAGUGCACAAACCACCCUCAAGUGAAGGAAGCAAUCAAUGUCAUAGGUGUGACACUGAAGUUUUCUAAUAAACUGGUAGCUCAGGUAGCCAAUGAUGUUCUUCAGCUGCUUGUUUCUUACUGGCAAAAGCUGCAGGAGUAUGAAUCAUCCCUGCCCAGAAAAAUCACUGAAAUCCUUGUGGCCACUAUUGCUUUUCUUCUGCCAAGUGCUGAAUACUCCUGUGUGGAGGCAGAUAAAAAGUUUAUAGUUUCAUUGCUACUUUGCUUGUUGGAUUGGUGUAUGGCAUUACCUAUGAAAAUGCUGCUGGAGCCAGUGUCUGCUGGUGUCCUUGAAGAUCAGCAUGCAUCCAAAGCUCCUUUACUGGACUAUAUUUACAGAGUUUUGCACUGCUGUGUGAACGGCUCCAGCACGUACACCCAGCAAAGCCAUUACGUGCUGAGCCUUGCGGAUCUGUCGUCUGCUGACUAUGACCCCUUUUUGCAUCUGGAGAAUGUCACGAGCUGUGAGCCAGCCCAGUGCCACUCUGCCACCGAGCUGGGCAACCUGCUCACUGUUGCCGAAGAAAAAAGGAGAAGGAAUUUAGAACUAAUACCUUUGACGGCACGGAUGGUUAUGACUCAUCUGGUGAAUCAUUUGAGCCACUACCCACUCAGCGGAGGUCCUGCCAUCCUCCACAGUCUCCUCAGUGAGAAUCAUGACAACUCGUAUGUGGAAUCCUCUGAGCUGUCAUCAGAAGUCUUCCGGAGCCCCAACCUUCAGCUCUUUGUGUUUAAUGACAGUACUCUUAUAUCAUACCUCCAAAUUCCUGCAGACAAAAGGAAAGACACUGAGCCAGCAGUAGCCCCCUCGGAUGUAAGGGUGAUUGUCAGAGAUAUCUCAGGGAAGUACUCUUGGGAUGGCAGAAUAUUGUAUGGACCUUUGGAGGGCUGCCUUCCACGGCAGAACACAGCAAACUCAUUUGUGAUUUCAGGCAGCUGUGACCACCACUUCAGUUCCCAAAAAGACAUUUCUCAGGUGGAAGAAGGAGAAGAUGCUCUUGACAAAUUACUGGAGAGGAUUGGUAACACUAGUCCUGAAUGCCUUUUACAUCCCCAGCGGAAGCUGAAUGAGCCAUCGCCACCGCCCUUUGGAAUGAGCUGCGAGCAAGAGAAUGCAAUCACUGAAGCCCUGAUGAGGCAAAGUACCCAGGAAAACGAGUACAUUUUAAAAUGCAGCUCAGACUUCAGUAUGAAGGUGGCCCGUCAGGAAGAACCGCGUCCUGCUGAACCUCAAGCAUCCUUUUAUUUCUGUCGGCUGUUGUUAAACGACUUGGGAAUGAACUCCUGGGAUAGAAGGAAGAGCUUUCACCUUCUUAAGAAAAAUUCAAAAUUACUGAGAGAACUGAAAAAUCUGGAUUCUCGCCAAUGCCGUGAAACUCACAAGAUUGCAGUGUUUUACAUUGCAGAAGGACAGGAGGACAAAUGUUCAAUACUGUCCAAUGCCAGGGGAAGCCAGGCAUAUGAAGAUUUUGUUGCUGGACUGGGUUGGGAGGUUGAUCUCUCGACACACGGUGGGUUUAUGGGCGGCCUGCAGCGCAAUGGCAGCACUGGACAAACAGCACCCUAUUAUGCUACCUCUACCGUGGAAAUCAUUUUUCAUGUGUCUACAAGAAUGCCAUCAGAUUCAGAUGAUUCACUGACCAAAAAGCUUCGUCACUUGGGAAAUGAUGAGGUUCACAUCGUCUGGUCUGAACACAACAGGAACUACCGCAGGGGCAUUAUACCAACAGAUUUUGGAGAUGUUUUAAUUGUUAUUUAUCCGAUGAAGAACCACAUGUUUUUCAUAGAAAUAAUGAAGAAACCAGAGGUGCCAUUUUUUGGUCCUCUCUUUGAUGGAGCCAUUGUGACUGCAAAGCUGCUGCCAAGCCUCAUAUGUGCCACGUGCAUCAAUGCCAGCAGAGCCGUCAAAUCGCUUAUCCCUCUCUACCAGAGUUUCUACGAGGAAAGAGCUCUGUAUCUUGAAGCAAUAAUCCAGAACCACAAAGAAGUAAUGACAUUUGAGGAUUUUGCCGCUCAGGUCUUUUCUCCCUCUCCCAGCUACUCCCUGGGUGGAACUGAUUAGAGUGUGUAACGGUCUCGUUACGCUAAUUGCCGCAGGCUGCCUCACCGCCAGCACCAGCGCCGACCUCGCCGUCCCCGCAGGAGCAGAGCCAGCAGAGCUGACCUCAGCGCC